UGAGUCAUUGAGCCAUCCGCUCUCUGGCUUUCUGCCAUCCGCCAUUUUUUAUUCUAAAUUCUACUCAUUGAUCAUUGUUCUUUUGUUUCGAUAAUGGAAUAGACGUAGAAACUAAAGUGAUUAAGUAUAUUAUUUCUAGCAAGUAGCAACCAUUAUUUUACUUUUAUCGUAGAAGACUAUUUUGUGAAUUGAAGCACCAUGCGUUUGGAGAUUUGCCUGCCUUUGGCACUUCUAUUUUUAAUCAAUGGAGUUCCCUCAGAUGCGCAAAGUGAGUCGAGCGUGUCGGCGGCCGACGCCACGCCCGAAGUCGUCCUCGACGACGAUUGGUUCCGCCCGCGGGGCGCGGACUCCGACUUCUACCGCGAGCCGUUGUACUAUGACGUGAAGGGACUGCUGCAGUUGAACUGCACCGCGCCCGGCCACAAGCUGACCGGCUACAAGUGGAGCAAGAACGGCACGAAGCUGAGCGCCGUGCGCGAGCUGAACGCGCCCGCGGCGCGCUACCAGCUGCUGGACGACGGCGGCGUGCUGCGGCUCGAGCACGCGCACGAGGACGACUACGGCAACUACUCGUGCUUGCUGGUCGCGGCCGGCUGGCGCCGCGACUGGGACGUGCGCGGCCGGCCCGUCGCGCGCCUGCCGCCCGACUCCAACGUCGUCGAGGGCCAGAAGAUCAAGAUCCAGUGCAGGAUCAUCGGCAAGCCGUACCCGCGCGUCACGUGGCUCUACAAGAACGCCUCCUCCGAGGAGGGCAACGGCACCUCGCUCGAGGGCGACGCGCGCUUCGCGCUGGAGGACAGCGAGGCGGGCGUGCGCGGCGGCGCGCUGGUGCUGCUGGCGGCGCGGCGCGGCGACCAGGGCCGCUACGAGUGCAUGCCGGCCGCCGGCGACGGCGUCGCCGCCGCCACCACGCUGCGCGUCAAGGACAUGUACGCCGCGCUCUGGCCCUUCCUCGGCAUCUGCGCCGAGGUGUUCGUGCUCUGCGGCAUCAUCCUCGUCUACGAGAAGCGCCGCACCAAGCCCGAGCUCGACGACUCCGACACCGACAACCACGACCAGAAGAAGUCGUAAGCGUGCGAGAGCGGGCGGCGGCGGCGGCGGCGGCGUAUGACUCUGCGCCGCGUUGUUUUUUCGUUUGCUGUUGAAUAUGUAUUUAUUAUCACGAAUUAACCAAAAAUGUUUUGUAAUAAUAAUAGCUUUAAGAAGUUGUAACAAUUGUAAAAUAUUUACGAACAGUCCCUAGAUAAGCGCCACGUGCUUACAAUACCUGAAUGAUAUGUCACUCGCGCCACUCGGCACUCGCCUGUACGUACGUGUGCAGGUGGAAUUAGGCUAUAGAACGAAAACAGGUAGAUAAUACACAUGUUGAAACUAAUAACUAUUUACAAAAUUACUUCCGAGUGCAGUUGAGCAACGAAAAAUGCUAAGGGUCCUGUUGUCAACAUGCCCGUACCAUACUGUACUUACUGAUUAGAGCAGAAGGGCCACGUGAUGGGUAUUCGCUCGCACGGUCUAACUCCACCUUCAUAACAUACUUGCACAUAUAUUUUCGUUUACAAUGUACCAUAUUUGUGCAUCUUGUACAUUAUUGAUUACAUAGAGAUUUAUUAUUUGUUUUAUUUUUUUUUAUAUUUGUAUGUAUCUUUCAAUUAUUUUGUUAAUGGUAAGUGUUCUUGAAUUUAAUAUGUAAUGAUUUAAUUAAUUUUAAUACUACUAAACCAUACUAGGAACGCAUUCAUUUAACGUAUAUAUUCAUAUUUCAUGAUAGAGUAAGGUUUGGAAUGCUUUUAUUUAGUAGUUUGCAGUGAGCUGCUCAGAGAUUGACCUGCGCCUAGCGCCACCGGCCUGAGCACAGUAGAGUGAACUAAACGUCAUAGUGGGCGUCUAUUUCACUUAUAAAGUCGAAACCAGAUAUGAUAUGAUAUGAAUGUUAAUUGUAACAUAGUAAUGUAUGUACAUAUUGUUUGUUAACCGCACCGUGCGGCCGGUGGAUAUUUAAUAUAUUGUAAUGCUAUUUAACAUUAGUCGCAGAGAUGUAAGCACGCCAUUUACAAUUGCACUACGGAGGCAGUAGUUGGAUUUCCCAGUGGCGCCUCCUACAUAGUAGCACUGGGUAGGUACAGUGCGGCGUAGCGCUGCAUGCAGCCAACGAAAUGUGAGCAAACUCGAAGUUCAAACGAAGUACAUGCACUUACAAUAACGCGAUGUGGCGAGGAGCGGUGCUCUUGGUUAUCGUACGGUGUGUGUGUGUGUGUGUGUAUGUGUGUGUGUGUAUGUGUGUGUGUGUGUUCACUGCCUACCAGCCAUUUUAGACUCGCAAUGUAAUUUAUGUAUUUUGACCAUUCUAAAAAUAAAUCCAUUACAUAGA